AUGAAGCUAUCCUAUGUCGCCGGUCUCCUGGGCCUCACGGCGUCCAUUGAUCGGCGUGAUGUCGGCGAUCUCGCCCAGAGCCUGCCAGCCUGCUCGCUGAGCUGCUUCCACCAGGCGGCCCAGACCUUUAACUGCGAUCCCCAUGACAUUUCCUGUCGCUGCUCCAAGGAAGUCCAGAUGACAGCCACCAUGGAACGCUGUCUGCAGCGAUCCUGCUCGGACCACCACAAAGCGAUCACCGAGAAUCUCUCCCACGAGAUCUGCAACAUCCAGCUGCAGAACAACAUGCUGUACAAGAAGUCGGCCGAAGCCGCCCCAGCGCCAGCUCCAGCUCCGGUUCCGGCAAUCCCAGAUGUCCCGGUCGUGCCGGAUUUUGCUCGUCGGGCGCCUGAGGCUGUGGCGUCGUUCCCGGUCAUCGCCUCGAGCAUCCCGGCAUCGUCCAUCGCCCCCUUUGCGACCAGCACGGCCACACCGGCGCCCGUCGUGACCGCCGGUGCCGCCGCAGUUGCCACGCCCGUUGCCAUGUUGGCGGUUGCCGCUGCCCUCGGCGCCAUUAUGCUGUAA